CUUGAGCCUAUCCGGAACUACUUAACACCAAUACUAUAUAGCCGACAUCCUGCUACCCUCUCAGUUGCGACACGACCACGACAUACGUUUGACUCGCCCUUCAACAUGACUUUCUUUCAGACGGAUGCCCGACUCCCCUUGAUUCCAGAAAACCUUUCAAUUCCACAGUUCUUCCUCGACUCGGCAAUUCAUGGUAAUCCAGAGGCCCCUCGAUUCAUAGAAGAUGCGACUGGACGAAUCAUCACUCUACCUGAGAUUCAGAAGCGUACUACAAGUCUCGCGAAUACUUUAAGCUCCAAAUAUAGUGUUGGCUACGAUGACGUAGUUCUAAUCUUUAGUCGAAACCACGUCGACUAUCCCAUCGUAAUUUGGGCAACUCACAGGUUGGGUGGUAUCGUCUCUGGUGCAAACCCCGACUACGUUCGCGAUGAACUCGUCUACCAGCUCCAGUCUAGCAAGGCUGUUGUGAUUUUUUCUCACCCAGAUGUGUUCGAUACCGCAUAUUCUGCUGCCCAAGUCUGCAGUAUACCAAGAGAACGGGUUAUACUGUUCAACGUUCCCGGCUCUCCGUCUGCUCACACAAAGCAACCCACUGUCGAUGACCUUGUCCGCCAAGGCUCAAGUCACAGGGCCCUCUACAAGGAGCCCAGCAUUAAUGCGAAGACAAAGCUCGCCUUCCUUAGUUUCUCCUCGGGUACAACCGGCAAGCCUAAGGGCGUUGCGAUACCGCACUUAUCCCCCAUCACCAAUGUGAUCCAAGCGCGAGUUCACAACAAGGUUGGCGAAAACUAUACGAGCUGGGACGAUCAGAGAUACAGAGCAGGUGACGUCGCGAUGGCAGUUCUCCCUUUCUAUCAUAUCUACGGGUUGGUUCUCAAUCUCCACUUCUUAUUUUACAGCGGCGUCUCGAUCGUCGUCGUUCCCAAAUUCAAUUUCGAAGAAAUGCUGAAGAGCAUUGUGCGGCACCGCAUAAACCACUUGAUGUUGGUUCCUCCCCAAGCGAUCCUCCUAUGCAAGCAUCCAUCCGUGAAGAAUUACGAUUUAAGUGUGAUUAGAACAUUGGUAAUCGGCGCGGCUCCUUUGUCGCAUGAAGUCAACCACCAACUCUUCAACUUGCUUCCCAAUGCUCAAAUUGGCCAAGCAUACGGAAUGACCGAGACGUCUACCGCCACUGCUUGGUGGCCAAUCGAGCAAAAGAGAGGAACAUCUGGGUGUACUGGAAAACUGAUGCCUGGUGUCAAGGCUCGUAUCGUCAAGCCCGACGGUUCUCUAGCGGGCUUUGAUGAACCUGGAGAACUGGUUGUUUAUAGCCCAUCGAGUGCACUGCGCUAUAUCAACAAUGAGGAAGCAACGAAGGAAACAUUCGUUGAUGGAUGGGUACGGACCGGAGAUGAAGCCAAAAUCGAUAGAAAUUUGGGACUGUGGAUUUUGGACCGAAUUAAGGAGAUCAUGAAAGUACGGGGUUUCCAAGUCGCACCCGCAGAACUGGAAGGUUGUAUACUCGAUCAUCCCGAAGUUUCAGACGUAUGUGUCGUCGGUGUGCCGGAUGAUUUCAGUGGAGAGGUUCCGAUGGCAUUCGUUGUGCCCAACCAGGAGGCAGCACAAAGGAUAAAGAGCGAUCCACGCGUCGCCUCAGAAAUCAAGGCUUCCGUUAUCAAACACGUCGCAGACAACAAGGUAGCUUAUAAGGGGCUCAGCGGAGGCGUUGAGUUCGUCGAAAUUAUCCCUAGGAAUCCGAGCGGAAAGUUGCUGCGUAGAGUGCUACGUGAUCGAGCGAGAGCGAUGAGAGAGUCGAAAGUGAAAUCCAAGUUGUGAUUUGAAUGUCUUCCGUACCGUAGUACAACAGAGCUUCGGGCUCCUUUAAAGAUUCCCUCAUGAUAUAUGUACACAUUUUUACUUGUACAGGAGCCAUGUUCAAAGUUGAGGAACUUGCAAC